GCAGCUGGCUCAGAAUCAGCUCCUCCCUCCUGUGUGGUGGCUUUUCCGACCAAAAGCUCCUCAGACGUGAACAGUUUCGCUGAGGAGCACUUUACUCCCCCUCAGCCCUUCCCCCCCGCUGCUUCCCCCCCUCCUUGGAAAAACAUCCAGGCGGACAGCAGAGGCGUCACUUUCUGCAUAGCGACCUGAGUGAGAGGAGUUGAGGUGUCGGAUAAUCAGGUCUCCAGUCGUCCUUCACCCGGAUCUCUGUCAGCGAUGGAGACUCGGGUUGGCACCCGCCCAGGCUCUCGCGUCUCUCUGGGUCUCUGGCUGCUGAUCACCGCUCAUGCUCUCCAACACGCCAGGGCGGAGAUAAGUUGCGGAUCUUGCCCGUCGCCUGUUCAACUUCACCGGGAGGAGCUGCAGCUGGCGCCGGGGUUGCGCUCCGACCCCGCGGAGGAGGCGGUUGCGGUCAGGGAACCCCGGGUUACCGGUCGGGAAUCUGGGAUGCUUGCUACUUCUGGCCCUAAUUUUAGUUUGGAUGAAGUUAAACCAGCCGGUUCUGAGUCUGGGGUGGCUGAGGAUGCUGCGCCCUGGAGAGCCAAGAGGAGCGCUCCAGACUUGAGCGAGUUCAGCGACAGCGACUGGACCGGCCGGACCGCGCAGCUGGAUAGCCACAAAGCUGGCCGGUCGGAAUUCGGGUGGAACAGGCAGGAUGAGAGAGGGAAUACCCGGCAGGAUGAGCCCAGGCUCAACAGCAGCACCUUCGCUCUCACUGGGGACUCUGCGCACAACCACGCCGUGGUCUACUGGACCGGACAAAACAGCAGCGUCAUCCUUAUUCUUACCAAACUCUAUGACUUUCACAUCGGCAGCGUCACGGAGAGCACUCUCUGGAGAUCCACAGACUACGGAUCAACAUACGAGAGAAUGAACGACAAAAUUGGGUCCAAGGCCGUCCUCAGUUACCUUUACGUUUGCCCAACCAAUAAAAGGAAGAUUAUGGUCCUGACUGAUCCGGAGUUUGAGAGCAGCGUGCUCAUCAGCACUGAUGAGGGAGCCAGUUUCCAGAAGUACCGCCUCUCCUUCUUCGUCCUGAGCCUUUUAUUCCACCCCACAGAGGAGGACUGGGCCUUGGCCUACAGCCACGACCAGAAGUUGUACAGCUCAGUCGACUUUGGAAGGAAGUGGAUGCUCAUCCACGAACACGUCACCCCGAACAGAUUCUACUGGUCUGUUUCUGGACUGGACAAAGAACCAGACCUGGUCCACAUGGAGGCUCACACUCCGGAUGGAAAUGUGCAGUAUGUCACAUGCAGAGCUCAGAUGUGCUCUGAAGCCAACCGGAAUUAUCCAUUCCCGGGAUACAUCGACAUCAGCUCUCUGGUGGUUCAAGAUGACUACAUUUUCAUACAGGUUCCCACCUCCGGACGAGCGACUUACUACGUCUCCUACAAGAGAGAAGCUUUCAUACAAAUCAAACUGCCAAAAUACUCCCUGCCUAAGGAUUUACACAUCGUCAGCACUGAUGGGAAGCAGGUCUUUGCAGCAGUGCAGGAGUGGAACCAAAACGACACCUACAAUCUCUACCUGUCUGACACCAGAGGGAUCUUCUUCACCUUGGCCAUGGAAAAUGUCAAGACAACCAGGGGCAUCGCUGGGAACCAGAUGUUGGACCUCUAUGAGGUGGCUGGAAUCAAAGGAAUGCUAAUCGCAAACAAGAAGCAGGACAACCAGGUGAAGACCUACAUCACCUACAACAAGGGCCGGGACUGGAGGCUCCUUCAGGCGCCGACUGCAGACCUGGAGGGAAACAACAUCCACUGCAUUCUGCCAUCUUGUUCCCUUCAUCUCCAACUGCAACUGUCAGAGAACCCUUACGUGUCGGGAACGAUCUCCACCAAGAGCUCUGCUCCGGGGAUCAUCGUUGCCACAGGAAAUAUUGGAGCAGAGCUGUCUUAUAACAACGUUGGCAUGUUCGUAUCAUCGGAUGCAGGCAACAACUGGAGACCGAUUUUUGAAGAAGAGCAUAAUAUCUGGUUUCUGGAUAAAGGAGGCGCCCUCGUUGCGGUGAAGCAACCAUCUGUGCCAACUAAACAUCUCUGGGUCAGCUUUGAUGAAGGGAGGCAGUGGACCCAGCACAGCUUCUCCUCGGCGCUGCUGUUUGUGGACGGCGUGUUGGUGGAGGCCGGAGCGGAGAACCAGAUCAUGACCUUCUUUGGACAUUUCAGCCACCGCUCUGAGUGGCAGCUCAUCAAGAUAGACUACAAAUCCAUCUUCAGCAGGAAGUGCACCGAGGAAGACUACCAAACCUGGCACCUGCACAACAAGGGCGAGCCGUGUGUAAUGGGUCAGAAGCAGAUUUACAUGAAACGCCGGCCUGGAAACUACUGCAUGCUGGGAAGGGACUACUCCAGAAUCCUCUCAGCUGAAUCCUGUAUUUGCCGAGCUCAUGAUUUUGAAUGCGAUUAUGGAUACGAGCGGCGGAACGACGGGAACUGCCGGCCGGCCUUCUGGUUCAAUCCGUCCUCUGUGUCCAGAAGCUGCAGCCAGGGUCAGAACUACUUCAACAGUACAGGGUACCGUAAAGUGGUGCUGAACAACUGCACCAAGGGCGUUAAGGAGAUGUACACGGCCAGGAAGCAGCAGUGCCCCAACAGGCCCCCGAAAGGACUCAGCCUGGCCACCAAAGACGGGAAAGUCACCGCCAACAUGGGCAGCAACGUCACCUUUGUGGUGCACCUGGACGAGGGAGACUCUUUGAGGACAAACAUCCAGCUGGACUUUGGCGAUGGCACAGCGGUCUCCUACUCUAACCUGAGCUGGACGGAAGAGGGCAUCAAACACGUCUACAAGUCAGCGGGAAUAUUCCGAGUCACGGCGCUAGCAGAAAACACGCUGGGCUCCGACACCACGACGUUGUACCUGCAUGUCACGUGUCCGGUGGAGCACGUCCAGCUCCUUGCUCCCUUCGUGGUGAUCAGAAACAAGGAGGUGAACAUCACAGCAGUGGUCCUGCCCAGCCAAUCACGCACUGUCACCUACUUCUGGUGGCUUGGCAACAACACGGAGCCGGUGAUAACUUUGGAUGGAAGUGUUUCAUACACCUUCAGGAGUGAAGGGAUGCACAGCAUCACGGUUCAAGUGGCGGCAGCUAACGGCAUCCUGCAGGACACCAAGAGCAUCGCGGUCAAAGAAUUCUUCAAAUCUCUGCUUUUAUCUUUCUCCCCGAACUUGGACGAGUUCAACCCCGACAUACCCGAGUGGAGGCAGGAUGUGGGGAGAGUAAUUAAGAAGGCUCUGCUACAAGUGUCGGACUUCCCAGAGGAUCAGCUCUUGGUCGCCGUUUUUCCAGGAGUUCCAACAGCUGCAGAACUCUUUCUGUUACCCAACAAGAACCAAUCCGAGGGGAAGAAAAAGAGUGAGGAAGAGCUAGAGAAGGCGUCCAGCGUCAUCGUAAGCGCACUGAACCAAAACCUUGUGGAGUUUGAGCUGAAGCCUGGCGUCAGAGUCAUUGUCUACAACACGCAGUUAACGCUGGCGCCGCUGGUGGACUCCAGUCCCAGACACAGCAGCUCUGCGAUGCUCAUGCUCCUGUCUGUGGUGUUCCUGGGCCUCGCCGUCUUCCUCAUCUACAAGUUUAAGAGAAAAAUACCUUGGAUCAACAUAUACGCUGAGGUGAACCAGGAGAAGGAGCAGGAGAUGAUUGGCUCGGUCGGUCAGGGCGACAGCACGCCGAAAAUCACUCUGAGCGAGUUCACAGCAUCCAAAGAGCUCAUGGAGAAGGAACUGGAUGCCCGGGUCAAGAGAGGAGUCGGAAACGCCUGCGAGAGCACAAGGGAGAUUCCAAACUGUACCAGCGUGUAAAAGCUGAAGUUUGUGUACAGAGCGAGUGUCACAGUGUCCGGGGUUCUUCUCUAUUUCUGUUUUGUAAUUCUAAACACAACUGAUGUUAAUAGUUUUUCUAAAAGGCCUCAUUUAUACAGACUUGCAUGGAUGUCUCGUUGGGCAACAUCCAGUGCAGCGAUGGGAUCUCUGCAACGACGACGAGACUUUUGGGUUUCCGUGGAUGUAAACGCUCCAUUCAUUUGCUGAGGGAAUUAUCUUUUGUGGAUGAGUUCUGUACGUUUCCUGAGAUGUUUGCUUUGAAAAUCAUUUCUGCCUAAAUGUAGACUAUAUUGUCAGUCUUCAAUCAAACAGGGAAUAUUACUGAAAUGUAAAGUAUUAUCUUUUAUUCUGUUACAUGUAAAUAUCCUUUCUACAUGCUCGUAGUCUCAUGGCGACGGCGGUAGAUCUGACGGCGGUCUGUUUUUGAAGGUGUUUAAAACGUCAGACAUCGCUUACGGAGAAACAUUUUGCUUUGCUGACGUCCUUGACUUGUGCAUGUUCCUACUGAGGACACGGUUUCUGUGUUGUAGAUAAGCAAGUGUUGUAAAUAGUUCUUUUCUAAACAUUCGUCAAAGCCCAGUCGGUUCUGGCCAGGUUCUGUUCUGCUCUCAUCCUCUUCGGUUGCUGUUGAAACGGGUCGAUCUGCUAAUGUUCAGCUGCCGUUAACAGAUUUACUCUGCAAACAAAACGAGACGGAUCAACAUGAGGAGGAUCGUGUAUAAUAUAUUUAUAUUUUCAGUAGAAAUAUACUCGAGAUAACCAGACAUUUUAACUAGAUGAGUGUCUUUGAACCAAACAUUAAUAGCUACUGGCAUCAUUGCGUUACAUUUUGCCUCUGAUUGUCCAGAUUUGUGGUGACCAGGUCUGCAGUUCACAGCAUUUUAGAGCAACUUUGGAAAAAAUGGUGACGCUUUCAUAAUGUACAGAAAAUAUUUUGUUCUAACUCAAAAUUAAUGGUUGAAGAAAGUCAUGACCCAGACUAUCAAACAUUUCUACUGUGCCAAUUUAACAGAUGGACAAUAACAAUGUAUUUUGAUGAAGCUUUAUGAUCUGGAUGAGAGGAAAAACUGAGGGCGGCAAAUCAGCAAUGAAGACAAAAUGUUGAGAUUAAAGUUUCUAUAUAAAGAUUAAAAUGCUUCUAAUAAGCCAACACUAACAAUGCUUCAUGUAAAUGAGCUCAUAAAAUAUAAUCUGGAUUUAAUAACAAAUAAAUUCUCUCUAUUGUGGUCAGUUGUUCUGUUUAUUUUGCUGUUUUUUGUAAAAUAAUAAAAUUUAGCCUCCCUAAAAUAACUUAAGGCAUGAGGUAACUAAACAGAGUUUCUCCUGUUUGUUUCCUCUUCAUUCGCUUUUUAAAAAAAAUCAAAUUCUUCCAGCAACAAAACAGUUUAGCUCUGAUUAUUGUGCCACUUGUGACAUUAUUGACCCAAAUACACUUAAACCAGAAUUAGACAUUUUUUCUUUUUAAAUGCACCUUAAGAAGCUCCGUAUUUUUGUGAAAUCUUUCAGUGGACAUUUACACGGUGGACACCCGUCUACUCAGGGUUCAGAUUUUUCACUGGAACGGAAAUCCAGAGGAGUUAUGUAAAACAACCCAUUUGGCAGAUUUUUCUGUAGAGAAUAUAUAAAUAAUUUGAUGGAAAAUUCAACUUGGGAAGCUGAAAUACUUUGGCGUAAUGCUGCUUGACUGCUGCUGGGGUUUGCAAAGCAGCUGAUCCAGAAGCGCUACCUGUUUUCCUUUGGACCGAUCGGCAGACUGUAGAUGUUAGCUUCUGCAUUAGUGCAAGACCAUUUCCGCUGCAUAUUAAUGUAUGUUUGGUGUUUGAACUUUUAGAUCAGGCAGUUAUAAUCAUUUUUAGAGGAGCUCUGAAGUAUUUGUACGCAGCCGGCUGUGGUACCAAACCCUCUGUGGUACCAGGGAUCCACUGAACCUCAUUACCCAGUUUUCUUUUUUGUUUUUUUAAGGUGUGUUUAGGGCGCCCUUAAAAAAACCGAGCCAUGUGACACCUCCAGCUGUGUUUUAGUUUUUAGUGGAAGGGUCAGAAGAAUUAAGUCAUUUUAGAACCAGAUGCAGAUCAAGUCAUUUUUAUUUCCUGAUUGAAGAGGGUGUGUUUUCUUUUAGCCUGAGCGAAACUCCGCCAGGUUUCUUUACCAAAAACUAGUCUGACAAUGGAGGAGAGCAGAGCAGUCGAUGUAUUAAUGCAACUGAACCCUGCUAAUAUAAUUUGAAAUAAGGCAGAGUUGCUCCCUCCACGUUGCACUGUGACCGUAAUGAGAGAAACUGGACAGCCAAAGAUCCCAGCAUGCACUGCUUCCCCACAAGCUCAUGUAAACAUCUAGAAAAGAAGAG